GCACCGCCCCGGGCUGAGUGGGUGAACUUUGUCACAAAUUUGUUUCACUGACUUGCAUAACAACAUCCACCACUGCCUCUCGGUGACAGAUGCGUCCUGCUGCCUAGUGCGCUCUGCAAAAUGUACAUCUGCUUCACCGUUAUAGCCGGACUGGCUAUUCUGUCCUUCUUCUUUCUCAGGACACGUUUCCCUUACUUAGGCGAGGACUGCGCGUACAUCCUGAGGAGCAUUAAACUCGGCUUCAGGCUCAUCAAAUACAAGAAAGUCAAACCUUUUUACAGCGUCUUGGACUGCUUCUUGGAUGCAGCGAAGAGGCAUCCGAGUAAGAUCUUUCUGCACUUUGAAGGACGAGAAUAUACUUAUGGAGAAGUGGAUAAACUGAGCAACAAGGUAGCUAGAGCUCUGCAGGCUGAAGCCCGGCUGAAGAAGGGGGACGUGGUCGCCUUGUUUCUGGCCAACGAGCCCAGUUUCGUGUGGACUUGGCUCGGUUUGGCCAAGCUGGGCUGUCCGGCUGCUCUGCUCAACUUUAACAUCAGAUCCAAGUCUCUGUUGCACUGUUUCUCCUGCUGCUCGGCCAAGGUGAUCAUCGCCUCUUCAGAGCUGCAGGAUGCUGUGGAGGAGGUUUUACCCACACUGAGAGAGCAAGGCAUCAGUGUGUACCUCCUGUCAGAGGCCUGCAGCAUUCAGGGUAUCAACACUUUGUCUGACAAGAUCUCCCAGGCCUCAGAUCAGCCGCUGUCCUGGGACCUCAGAGCCAACGUCAACAUCAGGAGCACUGCUCUGUACAUCUACACGUCGGGCACCACAGGUUUGCCUAAAGCAGCCGUUGUCACCCAGGAGAGGGUUUGGGCCGCUUCCUUCAUCCAAGCGGCAUGUGGAAUCACAUCAGAGGACAUCUUCUACGUCAAUCUGCCUCUCUAUCACAGUGCAGGCUUUCUCAUCGGGAUGGUCGGAUCCAUCGAGAGAGGUAAUACCAUCGUUCUGAAGAGAAAGUUCUCUGCCUCUCAGUUCUGGAGUGACUGCAGGAAGUAUAAUGUGACCGUGAUGCAGUACAUUGGUGAAACAAUGCGCUACCUCUGCAACGCGCCCAAGAAAGACAAUGAGAAGAACCACGGAGUAAAGUUCGCCAUCGGGAAUGGAGUCCGGACAGACAUUUGGUCGGAGUUUCUGAAUCGCUUUGGGGACAUUAAAGUUAGAGAGUUGUACGCGGCCACAGAGGGAAACAUCGGCUUUAUCAAUUACACGUCCAAGAUCGGUGCAGUGGGGCGAGUCAAUUUUGUCCACAGGUUUUUCUUCCCAUUUACUUUGAUCAAGUUUGACAUUGAGAAGGAGGAGCCAGUCAGGAACUCUGAGGGUUUGUGCAUCGAGGCAGCCAGAGGUGAGACGGGACUUUUGGUGGGAAAGGUUACUCAGAGGUCUCCCUUUGUUGGUUACGCUGGCAACCAGCAACAGACAGAGAAGAAGAGGCUUCGUGACGUGUUGAAAAAAGGCGACCUCUACUUCAACACUGGAGAUUUGCUUCGGUUUGAUCACAUGAACUUUGUGUACUUUCAGGAUCGAGUUGGUGACACUUUCAGAUGGAAAGGAGAAAACGUUGCCACAUCGGAGGUUGCAGACAUUCUCACAAUGGCUCCAUGCAUUUUGGAGGCAAAUGUCUACGGUGUUAAAGUUGAAGGUCAUGAGGGGCGGAUCGGCAUGGCAGCUGUCCUUUUGAAAGAAGGAGAAGAUUUUGACUGUUUGCAGACCUACAAGCAGGUCGUCAACUACCUCCCAGCGUACGCAAGACCUCGAUUCAUCAGGAUUCAGCCCUGCCUGGAGAUGACGGGGACAUUCAAGAUGAAGAAAGUGAAGUUGGUGGAGGAGGGAUUCAACCCAGCCCACAUGGAAGAUCCUUUAUACUUCUUAGAUACUGAGAAAAAGAUGUACGUUCCCCUGACUGAGGACAUCUACAGAGCGAUCGCUUGCAGGGAAAUAAAACUCUAACACAGAAACGUUAAUACUCAGAAAUGAACCAGACGACCUGUUUGUUUACACAGAUGUAACAUCUCAUUUAUGGACCUUUUGUAAUAGUCAACUAAUCUCAGGGACAGACUGACUUUGAAACGUUACAUCAUGUUUUAACAGCCUUUUUUUAAUUAACACAACUACCUUUGCCUUUACAGUUUUUGUGAAUGUAUUCCAUAAUGCUGACAAGAUAUGCUAUACAGGCAUGUCUUACUGCCACUGUUGUACUUUUAAUAAUUAAACUCUGGUUGUCUUUUUUC